AUGCUCACUGGCAGUUGUUGCGCUUUCGUGGUCGUUCCGCUGCUGGCCGUUUUGGUCGGCACCGGACUGGUGAAGGUGGACGUGACGCCGCUCUGUGCGGCGGUCGGAGCCCUUCUGCCAGCUUAUGUCCCAAAGACGGCAGAUGGCAAACCCUUGGCCGUGCCGAACAAGGAGAUCCGAAGCUUCUUGCUUGAACAUGGCGCCAGAGGCCCGAUGGCCCAGCGUCCUGAGGAUGAACAGCCUCCCCUGAGGGGUGUUUACAUGUUCGAUCAGAUGGGCCCUACCGGCUGGAUAGAUUUCAGCUACUCCAGCUUGUGGGAGCCAUCAACUGGAGCAAUGGACGUCAACAUGUAUGACAUCACCGCCCAGUCUGGCGUUCCGGCUCCCAAGUUCGGUGGCAUCGGGCCCUUUGUCCCUGGCGGUCUUCUGCUUGCCGGGAUUGAACUAGCUCAAUCGCAAAUGCGUUUCUAUUGCCCGGCACGUAUGCAGGAUCAAGAUAGCUGCGUGAUUGUUGGAUCCUCUGCCGGAAAGCCAUUUCCCAAAAAGGACGAGCCGAGCUCGGCUUACAUGGCCCUGACACAACUUGAUGGCGGGCGACGAUACACCAGAGACACUUGGUUCGUGCCACCCUGGGCUACUGCGGAUGAUGCAUACACCAAGACACAUGGUACUUUCCACACCUACAGCUUGCUUAGACUGCUUCAUCCAAACAGGACUAUUGACGAGGAGAAUUUCAAUCUCUUCAUGGAGAAGCUCGAUGGUCAGGAUUUGAUCUUGCCCAUGUCUCUUUCAUCGUCAAUUUGA